AUGACGCAACCUAAAAAGUUUUACAGUCAAUUGAGUAUAAACACCAAUAAGCAGAAACUACAGUACAUACAGGAUGUCGCAUCUUUAGUGUUGGGUGUUGUCGCUGGAAUCACAACGCUCGAGUCCUUGAAUGGCUUCCUUUUCUUCUUUGGUGGUUUAUCACUAACAAAUGCCGCUUUCUACUUGCUAUGUGGGCAAGGUAACAUUGAGAAGUUUUUCCAAAACCCACUUCAGGAGAUUUUUGUUGAGGGUCUUGCAGGAAAUUUACCAGGGUACAUCAUGAUGUGGUGUUUGAUUUACGCGUUGGUGAAAUCGAGCUCUUGA